GGAUAUUCUUAAACGGAUAUGGAUAAUAUCCAUUUAAAACUGUGCGGAUAUUUCCUCUCGGAUGCGGACGCGGACUGUAAUAGGAUUUUCUACUAUGCUUUGACAGAGUAUUAGUCUCAAGUUCUCAACAAAGCCUGGUCCGCUUCAUCCCCCUCAGGUGCUUGCCUGCCGCCAACAAUGGAGCCGCCGGUGAGAAACAACGCCGGCCCGAUUGUCGCCGGGCUCUCGAUAGCCGCGGCGGUCUCUUACUUCAUCUGUAAGCACACUGAGAAGAAGUCCUCUAGAAGCAGAGAGUCUACUUCUCCGAAAACCCAUAAAAAUGGCAUCGUCGCCGCCAUUGGCAACACCCCUUUGAUUAGAAUCAAAAGCCUCUCAGACACUACUGGCUGUGAGAUUCUUGGAAAAGCAGAGUUCUUGAAUCCAGGGGGGAGUGUUAAAGACAGGGUAGCUGUGAAAAUCAUUGAGGAGGCUUUGGAAUCUGGAUCCCUGAGUGAAGGAGGUGUAGUUACUGAGGGCAGUGCUGGAAGUACCGCAAUAAGUCUUGCCACAGUAGCUCCUGCCUAUGGGUGUACAUGCCACGUGGUUAUCCCUGAUGAUGCUGCUAUUGAGAAGUCUCAAAUCCUGGAAGCUCUUGGGGCUACAGUUGAAAGGGUUCGGCCAGUUUCAAUAACUCACAAAGAUCAUUUUGUUAAUAUUGCAAGAAGAAGGGCAUUGGAGGCUAAUGAGAUUGCAUUUACAAGAAGCAAAGCAGGCCAAAAUUGCACCAAGGAUGCAAAACAAAUCAAUGGUCAUCAUUUAGCCACUGAGGAAAAACCAACUUCAAUAUUUUCACGUGACUGCAAGGGUGGAUUUUUUGCAGAUCAAUUUGAAAACCUUGCAAAUUUUAAGGCCCACUAUGAGGGUACCGGGCCAGAGAUAUGGGAACAAACUGGCGGGAAACUGGAUGCCUUUAUUGCAGCAUCUGGAACUGGCGGCACGAUUGCUGGAGUGUCUUGUUUUUUGAAGGAAAAGGAUGCAAGCAUAAAGUGUUUUCUUGUUGACCCCCCUGGUUCGGGCUUAUACAACAAGGUAGUACGAGGAGUGAUGUACACGAGUGAGGAAGCUGAAGGACGGAGGUUGAAGAACCCAUUUGAUACGAUCACCGAAGGGAUUGGAAUCAAUAGGCUUACACAAAAUUUCAAACAAGCAAAACUUGAUGGGGCUUUCCGAGGAACAGACAGGGAAGCUGUUGAAAUGUCUAGGUAUCUGCUGAGGAAUGACGGGCUGUUUGUUGGAAGUUCUUCGGCGAUGAAUUGUGUUGGAGCAGUUAGAGUGGCACAAGCUUUAGGGCCCGGUCACACCAUCGUGACAAUCUUGUGUGACAAUGGCAUGAGGCAUCUCAGUAAGUUUUUCAAUUCUAAAUAUUUGUCUCAACACGGUUUGACACCCUCUGCAGCUGGGUUGGAGUUUCUUGGUUUUAGUUGAAUUUUGUGCCUCACACAUUAUUUGGUUCUUUGUAUUGAUCACUUAGAACUAUUCUAUAGAUUGUUUGGCUUACAGUCCUUUACAGAGGAUUAUGGACUGAUUUCAAGAGAACUCCAUUGUUUCAUUUCACUUGCCAAUAGGGAAAAUCUGGCAGUCUGGAUGGAAUGUAUACUUGUGCACUUUCGUUUUGUGUUAAUAGUUCACACCGACAAAAAAUGUUGUUGCAAAUUUUUUUAUCGCACAUGUAUUUUGUGCUCAUAUGAAUAAUCAAAACGAUGAUACAUA